AACCACUCACUCUUUCACCACCAGGCUAAAAGUAAUGCAAACUACUCCCUGUGUGCAACGGGUGAAAUUUCUAAUUUGCUCCCGUCAAAAAAAUAUGUGUUUCCCACUUGGUCAAAAUUUUGCCGUGUUGAGGAUUCUUUAAGCUGAAAAGUUUGCUACACUUUUUAAAAAGUUGUACCUUCCGGUGAUAUCAAUUACGGGUAUUACUUUGUUCGAGGAGUGUUCCCACGCCUAGUUAAAUUUGGUUUAUCGGCGAUAUUAGCUAAAUAAACUGUUCACAUUUUGUUGCAUACCGGAGAUAUCGUUUUGGAUCCUCGUGUAGCUCAAUACCAUAUCCGACAUGUCAUUUUUAUGGAUUUUGUCGACCCAUAAUUAGUGCUUUACCAGUUCCUUAAUUACCAUAGUUCUUGAUAGUAUAAUUCAUCCAGUAAUUCGUACCACGUGUUAUUGUUGAAUGUGUCAAGUAGUUUCAUAGUUAUUGGAUUCAGAGAUAAUAAAAUUAGUCCGCCAAGAAAAUGCAGCCGCCGCCGAUGAGAAAGGGCCCCUACCUGAAGGUUCUGACAAAUGUUCAUAAGGAACAAAUCGCUCGACUUCAAGCCAAAAAUCAGCAUGAGUGCGACUUGUUGGAAGACAUCAGGAGUUUUACAAAGCAACGAUCUGCCAUUGAAAAAAGCUACGCAGAAGCUCUUUUAAAAAUUUCCAAUGCCUACCUCAAUAAGAAAAUUCCAUCAAUUCCCGACCUGCGGGACGACGAUGGCGAUGAGCAAUGGAAUGUCUGGAACGUUUGGCGAACCGUUCUUGAGGAGAAUGAAAAGUUGGGAAAGGCUCGCUUGGCCGCAGUGGAAGUAUUUCAACAGCAAAUCACGGACGAUGCCAAAGCAGUCCGACAAGUAAAGUUGUCCUCAAGCAGAAAGUGUUUGGACCAGCUUUCCGUGAUUCAGAAAGAAGUGCAAUACUCGGUGGCGGAGCUGGACAGAAAUAAAAAGCUGUAUUUCGAAGAAGAGCAUCUCGCACAUGAUGUCAGAGACAGGAUGAAGAAGAAGAAGGGGUCCAUCUUCUCUUCCCUCACAUCCCUGAAGAGAGAAAGCGUCAAGAGAGCCAAGGGGAAGGAAGAUCAAAAAGUGUCCUCAAAGAAGGACGCGUGCGAAGAAAAGUCGACUGGGGCGAGGAAUGACUACUUGAUAGCUCUCGCCAUCGCGAAUGCGCAUCAAGAUCACUAUUACAACGUGGACUUGGAUGGAACUCUGAAAAGUUUGGAGGCCGAGGUGUACAGCAAGUUGAAGGAAUAUUUGACUGUGCUCAGUCGAACUGAGCUUUUAACUUGCUCCGCCGCCCAGAACUCCUUUUCGAAAAUCCGUGACCAAGCUCAAAGGUUAUCAAGGGAGUACAAUGUCAUGUGCUGUGUGCAGUAUUAUCCAGUUCUCAAGCAGCAUAUCCGCUACCCUUUCGAACCCUGUGACGGGGAUAGUUGUACAAAAAUUACUUGCGAUCAUGGUGCAGGGGCCAUUUUAUCACGUGAAGCGAAACGCUGGGCAACCAAGAUAGGAAAAGAGGUCAAAACAGCGAAAGAAAGUCAAAAGAAGCUGAACUCUCUUCAACAAAUGAGGGAUGCGGGCAAUAAGGCGGAUCCGGAUGAUCCAAAUGGGCCCGACUUGGAAACAAAGAUAGAAGAAUUACGCGACAUUAUUCGUAGAGCACUGGCGGAGAAAGCGAAGGCGGAAGGUGUAAUUGAAUGUCUUCGAGAUGGUGACGUAAAUGUGGACGAAUGGAUGCAAGAUAUUGAAAAUUUGACCAUCGACAUGGCUAGAUCUGCGAGUUCUACCUCAAUUAAGACGGAGGAUGGGUCUAGAGUCUGCUUUAUGAAAGUCGGAGGGGAACGAGUUGAAGCCUCGUUCGAUAGCGACCUCAACGAUACAUCAGAGAAUAGGGAAGGCGAGACCUCAUCGGCAGAACCACCCGAGAGAGAAGAGGAUAUUGAAGCACAAUUUGAGAUGGAGAGGAAAAAGAUCGAAGCGUUAUCCGCCAUGACGUGGGACGAUCCCAUCGCUGUGGACUGGGGUGAUGCUGCCGCAGAAGAACCUGAGCCAACCCCACCACCAAAUGUGGAAAUUAGUCAAGAUCAUAGCCACCCACAUUACGAAAUCACUCAGGAUGUGGCUGGCAUAAAAUGUGUUGCAAUAUACACAUACGAGGCUGCCAAUCCGGAUGAGCUGAGCAUCGUGGAGAACGAGCACUUGGAGCUGAUGGGUGAUCCUGGUGACGAGGAGAGUGGCUGGGUCCGGGCUCGAAAUUACAAAGGCGAGGAGGGCUACGUGCCCCAAAAUUAUGUCGAGGUCGAAGCUGAAGGUGAGGGAAGUACCACUGCGUCAGGUUUCCCUCUCCAACCCCAAAUUUCCUUUUCCUCAGUGGACUAUCACGUGCAAGAGAAGGCCGUGCCAACGACGGAGGAUGUCACAGAGGAAGGCAGGAUGAAGGCGAGCGGUGCCAUUUCAAACGGCUACAUGAUGGAUCAGAAUGAGGAUGAGAAUCAAAACUUGCCCCAAGACGGUACCCCAACUGUUCCUACGUCCGUCUCUUCAGGAUUGACCACCCCCUUCAUUAACGAACUUCGACAUGGAGACGUUGGAGAAUUUUGCCGAGCGUUAUACGACUAUGAGGCCACAGCCCCAGAGGAAAUCUCAUUUAGCGAGGGCCAGAUAGUAAAAAUAUUGAGACGAGAUUACGACGGAUGGUGGGAAGGAGAGUACGACGGAAUGACUGGAGUUUUCCCUGAAAUUGUAGUUGAAGAAUGCCGUUGGGAUGGGGAACCACUUUCACCAAUGGACGAGGAUGAUGAGAUUGACGAGGACGAUAUUUCCGACUCUGGAAUUUUACCUCCUUGCUACACUCCACCCGAAAUUCCGUCUCAUCUGCUUCCUCCGGAAAAAGUAGUGGUGACCCAGCCCACCCCAGAGAUUGAACGUUCCGAUGAGCAUCAACCUCAUUCUGAGGAUGACAUGGUCGAACCACCUCGGCAAAGAGAACUAGGUGAGGACACGGACGAGGAGGAGGAUCAAAUUAAGCAACCUGUGGAAAAAUCGGCAUCCUCGACAAGUACUCAAGCCGCUCCACCCCCUCCUGUCAUAGAACCGCCAGCCAUUGCAGUAGAGAGCUCGUCUUCGUCCUCUUUUGGCUUUGAAAUGGAACUGAGUGGGGACCGACAGCGACAAUACCAGGCCAAUUUUACCUCUGACUCGACCAGAGAUCCAGAAAUUGUCGUGACUGAAAUGCCAGGGAUCAUGGUGACGAUGGAACCUGACGACCCUGACCAUGAGGAGGAGGCUCAGGGAGGUGACUCAGGUUUAGACGUUGCUCAAAUCGUGAUAACGGCCGCAACGCCCAUGACCGACGAUCAUGUCCCACUUCCCGGCGAGUCCUCUGACAAAGGAGUCGAAGGUGAAGGAGCAGAUCCACCCACGGCAGAGGAGGAUGUCGUUGACCAUGCCACGGCCCCGGCAACCACCGCUGCUGAACCUGUCCAAGCAGACCAAAGUAAAAAUUCACCCUCCGAUGAAAGCAACGAGGAAGAAGAGGUUCCCGACUAUUUCCCCCGAGUUCCAACCCAACCACCACCACCUCCUCCUCAAAAGGAAGCAACUCCCGAAGAAGAGGAGGAAGACGGUGGUGGCGGGGGAGGCGGAUGGGCCGCGUUUGACGACAACUUUCCAAAAGAUCCGAUCUCCUCAGUCCCUCGAGUUGUUGAGGUUGAGGUUAAAGAAACAAAAAUUGAGCCAAAGAAAGCCAGUCUUGACAUCGACGAGAAAGAAAAGGCUCGAAUUUCUUUAGGAGAAAGUAACGAAAGUCCAGUAACACCGGAAGAAUUGGAUGUUCAAAACCUUGCAAAGUUGGAAUCUCUCAAGGAAUCCGAUGCUUGAAGAUGCACCCUCGUAAAAAUCUAUGUAGUAUUUAUCAUCACAAUCACAUCAUUGAUGGCAAAGUAGAAUGCGGAGGAGAGUGAAAGCUGCGCUAAUGACGACGAACACGACGAAUAUCAAGAGUAGAAAGUAGUGGCUGCAUAUAAAUAGCUCACAUAUUAGCAGACAUACCUAGAAGUCAUCCAUAAAUUAGCUUACGCCCUAAAUUAUUAUCCGCGUGUCUUACUAUGGAGAGAAGAAAUUAACCGUUGUAUUAAUAAAUGCAUUAUGGGCCAGCGAAUACGAGUACGAGUAUAAUAAAUACAAACAUUAGCUGAAAACAACAUCAGCAGAGACAUAUGUAGCUGCAACCCUUCAGUAGAUUAAGAUUAUACACAAAUUUACUUUUGUAUAUGGUGACCAGAGAAAAUUAAGGUACAUAGAACCGUAUAACUAAUGGUACAUAUGUAACUAAUUUACUACUAGUAAGCGACAUGGGAAGCAGAAAUGACAUAGUAUUCCUGAUACUUAAAAAUAUCCAAGGAAUCUAGAUUUCUGUUGAAUGUCUAAGAUUUAUCUCGAUAAGGAAUUAGCUGUUUGGUUGUCGUUUCUUGAAUUGACUUUUGAUGGAGAUCAUACCAAAUCUUGUGUGCUUCCAAGAUUUUAGGUGGUUGCGACCACUGGAUAGUUCACAUUUUCUCAUUUUUCUUCCUUCCUUCAUUCCAAUAAUAUUUAUUGCUCGCCAAAAAGGGAAAAAUCAGGCAGGAAGAGAGAGUUCCUUCAUAAUCAUAAUCAGAUCAUUUAUGGUGCAAAGAAGUUCGACAAAGCGAGUUGGCAACUGAAUGUUCAAGCAAAUAUGUAUUUACAUAAAUACGAUACGUUCAUAUUUUUAUUAAUCAUGUACUAGUUAAUGCACAAUAUUUACGCCUUUAUUCCCAUCGAUAAUCAAUCAAAUCACUUUGUGGUUGAUUUUCACAAUAACUUUUUCCAAUUGUGAAUCAGACCUGUGUUCGAAAAAAAUCUCAACCAUUAUCACAGUUCAACCAUUGUCACCUUAUAUUGCUUGACAUUAAUGAAUAUGUACAUACAUUUUCCCAUUCUUAACUUAAUUAUCUUAUCUCAAUUUAAUAGAGAGAUUAUUAAGAUUGUCUCAUAAUUUGCAUCACAAGUAACUGAAACAAUCAUUCAUAAUAAAGCACAGUCUUAUUGUUCUUAGUCAAACUCCAAAGACAAAAACUCAACAAGUCCCUGGCAAUAGUCUGCAUAAUACAUAAAGCCUUCCGAAUUAUCAUCGGAUUGAUAAUUCACCUUUUCAACCUAGCCAGACAACUCGGUAACCAGUACCAGACAUAGCAAAUAAAUAAAUCUAUAUAUAUGUAUACAUAGCCCUAAAAUAAGAUAAAUUUCCUUUACGUACAGUAACAUUGUCGUUGCACAAACAAAUUUAAUGAUAUACGAGCCUUUGGAAGUAUGUAAAUGAAUAUAUUUAACAUAAAAAGAGGCUGCGGUCGGACGACUUAUUUUUAAAAGUCGUCUUUACAAGACAUCAAAAAAUUAAUCGCAACCACCAACAACACCAAAAUCCAUCUCUAUUUACCUAGAAAAUAAAAAAAUAAAUUUGUGUACUACUCAUCCUUACAAAUUUAGUGGCAUUAAAAAAAGUAAUUCACAACAAAUUAGACUGGUUCAUGUAAUACUAGACACGUGUAUAAAGUGGUGAAUGUAUAACCUUGUAAAAAGUAUGCAAUGAUGAUUACCAUGAAAUACUACAUUUAUUGAGAAUAUUUAAACCAUUACUUAGAAAAGUGCUUAGUUGGUAAAUUUAAAUUGUCAUCCAUUGUCUUAUCGUUGGUCGAUACGCUUCGUCAAGCUGGAAAUAUAUUUUUGAUGAAUGGUGUCAUUGCAUUACUUGUGAGUUACUAAAUUGCAAUUUUAUUCCUUCAACCUAUUAUAAAAUUAUAUUAUAAGUCAGACAUACUUACAUACCUGUAAUGUUAAUUGAGGCAAUAUAUACAUACAUAUGUACAUCGCCACAAACUAGUUAUAUUGAUACAACUGCAAUACAUAUGUAAAGAGGUAUCUGCAUUAAAAGACUAACCAUUAAUAUUACAA